UUUUCUCCGAUUUCACCACCAGACCAUCUCUGCAUUUGCGCCAGCUCCGACAGACAACACGUGUACCGUCGGCAAUAGCAAACGGGCAAAGGAGAUCUUGACUUCUUUGAGCGGUAAUAUCCAGGCUCAGAGGUACGUUACCAUACACAGAAAAAGCUUUCAAGCAAGCCCACGCGACUUGCUCCGAAAAAACCACCUUCAAAAUCCGCAGUUCAUUCAUCAUGGCCUACCCGCCCCCUCCAGGUAUCUCGAGCGGGCUCCCCACCGGCAACCCGUCCUCGCACCCUUCCCUACCCGCACGUCCGCCCCCGCCCAAGCCCUCCGGAGGCUUCAAGUCCGCCUUUAAGCCUGCCUUCGGCGCGCCCGCCUCGGCGGCACCCACUUACUCGAGCGCAUCGAGCUACGCCAGCGCGCCCGCCGCCAACUAUGGCGCCCCCUACCAGUCCUACCCGCAACACUCUUCGCCCUCGGUAGGCGGCGCCGGCCCCUACCAGGCACCGCCCUCCUCCUAUAACCAAUACCCACAAGCUGCCGCCGGCUAUGGCCAGACCACCGGCUACAAUGCGCCGCCCUCGGUCUACGGCGCCGGGCCGCAGAUCCGGAACCCGUUCCCCGUCCCCGGCAGCGCUACGGACUACGACCCGGACAUGGCGAUGCAAAUAGCCCAAUGGCAGAGCGCGUACAGCUCACGGGAUCCGACGGGCAGAGACACCACCGCCGCCGUCGGCUCUGGCGGCCGCGGUACCCCGGCGACGGGCAGCUCCGCAGCAAACCUCUCAGCUGUUCCCGAUCCCGCGGCUGCCGCUGCCGCAGCGGCAGCGGCGAAUCAGCCACCGGAACGCAAGAAGACUGUCGUCCGAGAGGGCGGCGGCAAAAAAUGGACGGAUGACAGCCUCGCCGAGUGGGAUCCGAGCCACUUGCGCCUCUUCGUUGGCAACCUUGCGGGCGAGGUGACGGAUGAGUCUCUGCUCAAGGCCUUCUCGCGGUGGAAAUCUGUGCAGAAGGCGCGCGUCAUCCGCGACAAGCGCACCGCCAAAUCAAAGGGCUACGGCUUCGUCUCCUUUAGCGACGCCGACGACUUCUUUCAAGCCGCCAAGGAGAUGAAUGGCAAGUACAUCCAGAGCCACCCGGUCACCGUCCGCAAGGCCAACACGGAGAUCAAGAUCACCAACGUUAAGGACAAGGACCACAACAACCGCAAGAACAAGAACAAGAAAUACUCCGGCAAUGGCAGCGGCGGUGGUGGUGGGAACAAGCAUGCUAGCGACGGGACCGGAUACGAGCCCCAUCUCGGCCCCGUACAUAGUCACGGCGUCACCAAGCCCGGGCAGAAGACUAAGAACGGCCUCAAGCUGCUUGGAUGAGCAUGUCCUCUGACACUGUAUAUCUCUGUUUGUUCGGCUAGACCAGGGGCGUUUUGGGGUUGGAAGGCUCAUUAUACCCAUUCCUAUCAUCGAUACAUGACGCAACAAUAGAAGUAUCUU